GAAAACCCUGUCACAUCUCUCUCUCUCUCUCAAGUCUCGAUCUCUUUGGAUAGUUUGGGGGUUUUCAAGGGUUUCUCAGUGGAAAACACUUCCUCCCGUGUUGAAUAUCUGCCUUGUUGAACUGAUCACUUUAGGAGUUCUUUGUGUUCACAAGAUUCUAUUGAAACUCGGCAUUUACUGGCUAUACCUGAGGAUCACUUGAAUUAUAUCAAGUGGGGUUGUGCAAUAUUUAGCUUCUGGGGGAUCAUUAUUCUGAUUUGGGUAUACAUAAAUCAUAUACGAUUAUACGAAUAAACACAUAUAUUUGUAUUUGUUGAGGGGUUCGUUUAAUGGCUUAUCAGCCUUUUUCUGGUAGUGGGUCGGGAUUGAAAUUUUUGAAUUACUCUUUUGGAGACACCACAUAUACCAAGUUGUUCGUGGGAGGCCUGGCAUGGGAAACGCAGACCAACACAUUGCGUCGUCACUUUGAGCAGUUUGGGGAAAUUUUCGAGGCUGUCGUUAUCACCGAUAAGCAUACCGGUCGAUCGAAAGGCUAUGGUUUUGUGACAUUUCGUGAUCCUGAAGCUGCAAAGAGGGCUUGUGCAGAUCCAAAUCCUGUUAUUGACGGAAGGAGGACAAAUUGCAAUUUGGCUUCUCUUGGGCGAUCUCAACCAUUUUUGCCUUAUGGACGCCUGAGGUCAGCAGUGCCUUAUAGUGGGAGUGCUCAGACCCCUAGAUUGCCGUACAUCGGAAGCCCCUCUUACCACCAACCAGUUUCGUACAGCUAUCAACCUGGAUUGCCUUAUCUUCUGUAUGGGUAUCCGGCAUAUGGAGCCGAAUAUGUCUAUCCACAGGGUGUCUACAAUUCUCAUUUGGGUCAGCAUUACCUUCAGAUAUAUGGUGUACCAGGCGCAGCUAACUCGAAUAUAUCAUCAUAUCGAAUGAGACGUCCUUCUCCCGGCAGCCUUGGGAAUACAAACAUUCAAGGUUAUGUGAUGCCAGGUCCUCAUAUGCUGCAAUAUGGCAGAACCAAUAUUAGCGACCAUACUGGUUUCACUGCAUCGUCUCGAGGACAUGUACGAAUUAUGGUUGCUGCUCACCCUCCCCAAUUCGCUGAGGGUAGUGGUUCUGAUCAAAUUACAGGUUGAGCAUUAGAUAUAAUGCGAUACAUCUUGAGGUGAAAUUUUUUAUUUACCCCUGUUCUCAAACUUAGCUGCAUUUUCUGGAGGCAUUUGUCUUUUGUGUGCAGGUGAUCUAUAAAUUAGAAGCAAGGGCACCACCUACUUAAGUGGUGGUACCAUGUACAUUCAAUAGGUAUUAUUGUCUUUUUUCUUCCUUAAAUUCCAACAACGCAGUGUUCACUUAUGUAAGUUGCAACAAAUAGCAGGAAUGUAGCUUUCUUUUAUCUAAAAAAAUUAUUUCCUCCAUGUUUGUCGCAAUAGCAUCAUGAGAUUACAUCAAAAAAUGGACUCUCAGUAAUGUUAGAUGUUAAGCCUAUUAGAUUUUGGAACAAGCAUGUCAAAUGGUUGCAAAGCUAAAAGCCAAUCUGGUUUUUCAAUGGGCAGAUGGAACAUGAAUAGUCCUUUAGAUGCUAAACUUCUGUUGAACCUUUACACAGGAGUUAAUAUGUGCCUGUGGUGUCCUUGAUAGGUUUUGUCGAGGUUUUGUGCUUUAAGAAGGGUUUUCAUUUCCUAGUGACCUUUUCUUUACAUAAAUUCGCUAUUGAAUGGACGUGUCCAUAGUUCCUGUUCCACGCAUAUAAUACCAUAUUCUCAGUGAACCUCCAUUGGUGCCUAAGAUCCAAGAAUCCUUGUUCUGUGCAUCUUUUUGAAGCUUUCGUGUUUGGUUUGCUCCGUUUAUUUUUCAUUGUAAGCAAUGUUACUCGAAGUCGGUCCUUACUCACCCUUGAGUUUGUAAAGUGGAUCAUGAAAGAAGUGGAUAAAAUUUGAGUUCUUUAGGGGGAAUGAGUGAAGCAACAACUCAAAAGUGAUUGAGAUGUAAAGUUUUGGGGGUUGAGGAUGGAUUUUGUCCAUUCGCCACUGUAUCUGAAUGUUUGAAAAUGUGGUAUCUAGUUGGAUUUCAAUUGCCUUCUGACCCAAGUUAUGUGCCUCGACCCAACACGGAUAAAAUAUUUAGUGUAGCAGUGAUACUACAUGCAGGUUAUCAGUAGUCAUGGUCACUCAGGAUACUGUGGCGUCGCUUGUAAGAUGUGAGUUGCUCUGAAAUUUUUGAGUCAAAACAUUGAAGGUCGUGGACCACUCUCUUCAUUGAGUCUGUAUAAUUGAAUGUCCUGUCAGCUGCUUGAUGUCUCUGGUGGUGUAUAAAUAUUGAUGGAUUGCUGGAAUCGGAUUUCCUGCAUUCAUGUUGGAGAGUUGAUGGGGUCAACUCUCCGACAUGAAGAAGUUCUAUUUCAUGUCGGAUUUCCUCAAAUUGGAUUUCAUGCAAUCAACAAAAUUUUUGUAAAACCCAAAAAAAAAAAAAAAUUUAAAAAUUAUUAGUAUUAUUAUUAUUAAAAAUCUAAAUUAAAGGGGUGACAUAAUAAUUAAUUGUUAGUAUAAGGGUCAAAAACGUAAAAGUUUUUUAAAAAAAAAAUAAAUUUAUACUAUAUAUAUAAAUGUGUGUGGAAGACUAAAGUCUUCUACUUUUUCCUUUCUCCGGCCGGUGCCGAGUGAGUGAGUGAGUGAGUGAGAGUGAGUGAGUGAGUGAGAGAGAGAAAAGAGUUUUUGUUUUUUUUCUUUAUUUUAUUCCUUUCUUCUUCUUCAAAUCUAUAAAGAUUGGACCUUUAAAUCGCUUCAGACCAAGAAUUAAAGUUGCUCUACUCAGCGAGAGGUACGCAAUUACACCAAAUAUUGUAUUUUUUUCUGAAAGAAUAUUAAAGCUGAUAAUCUAGGCCUAAGGCUUAGGAAGUUAAAUUUGGGUUUCUUUAGAGUUCUAGUAAGUGGGCUCACGUUACGAGAGGUAGGGUUUUUCCUAUUUAGAUUUAAUUUCAACUUAAAAUAUGACAUAUGGAAUGGAUAAGCUAUGAGUGUAUAUCACAUGUUAGGUCUUGACUAUUGUAACUAGUGGGUCAAAUAUAAGAUUUAUAAUUAACCUUGUGAUUAAUAAAAUCCUAUUACAAUUAACUUGGUGUAAGUUAAUGUUAGUGGUUUAAAGCAUGUUAAUUGUAUAUUAGUAUUAUUUUAUGUUUUAAUGGCAUAUCAAGUUUAAUAAAAUUAUUAGCUUAUUAUGUGAUUAUGAAAUAAUAUAUAUGUUAAAAGAUUAUUUAACAUAUGAUUAUUUUGGUGGACUUGUGCUUAUGUUUAUAUAAUUAAUAAAUAUGUUGUCAUGUUAAAAGUCAUAGCAUGUUAGUUGUGUAAAUUUAUGUGCUCUUUAGGUGUUUGAUUAAAUGUUUAGGUGAAUACAAGUAUGCUAAUUAAGUUGAUUAUCUUAUAUAACAUGUUUGAGAUUGUGUUAAAAUGUCAUUAUAUUUUAUUCAUUUUAUUCAUUAUGUAAUGGACAUUGUAUUGCAUUAUGCAUGAGUUGUACUACAUUCAUGGGUAUUGACAUGGGUGAGAGUGUAUGCAUAGUAUGA